GAUUGUUGAAAAAAAAAAAUAUAUAUAUGUACUACGUUUCAUUGUCCGUUUGUCCGUCCGACGUUGUUUUUUUAAAUUACUUGAGUUUUUUUCAAUUUAAAUUUUUCAUUUGUACCGAAUUAACAAUAAUUACUCGACUAUUUAUAUAUUUUCAUUUUAUCCAAAUGCGUUCGAGAUUAACCUGCGUUUCCAAACGAUAUUGAUCGCGUUUAAUUUGUAUAAUAUUUUCAUUUCAUUCGUUUUACAAUAGUUAGCACUAUAAUAUAUUCAUAAUCGACAACGACAAUGGACUCCCCCGAGCGUCCUUUGUCGCCAAAAACCGACACUGACGAUAACGUAUCGCCGCCAAGCAACGCCGUGGCCAGUUUGGUCGCCGGGACUUCGGAUAGUCCUAGGACGCCAAAUAGAGUUGCACUGAAUAACUUGGACGAUAGUUACGCUGACGAACAAGAAAGUCCACAAUAUAGACACCUAAUACCCAUUGGCAACCGCCGUAUUCUAGAUGACUUAGACUGGGAACGAAUCGGAUGGAACGAUGGCUGUGGGCCAACCGAUUACGACUACGACUGCGGGAGUACCGAGAGACGUAAAAAAGCAUUGAUGCGGUGGGCAUCUAAUAGUAUGAAUAAUUUAUCUCCCCGACGCAAAUAUGUUGCAAGCUCUCCAGCCAACAAUAAAAAACAACAAAUUGAACUAAACGAUUACAUGACUUUCAUGUUGAGCUGCUUAAUGAAAAAAAAGAAACUGUCCAGGAAGUUAUUGGAUGACAGCGCUAAUUCGUCGGAAAAUAUCGAAGCAAACACAGCGAGCACAUUGGUCGAAUCUGGCGGUUCCAUGCUGGACGAUUCAGCAGACGACGAGUUGAUGUUUUUGUGUAGUCAGGCUGUCGAAAACAUGGCCGAACAAACAUACAACACCGUAAACAGGCCUUUGAACAGUAAAACCGUAGACGUUAUUUGUGCCGACAAACACGCCAUCUCAAUACAAUUGAACAACAACAAUACGUUGUCGAGUAACAAUUGUGGUGUCGGUAAAAAUAGCAAUCAGCCGUUACAGCAGAUCCAAACAAACGGGAUAAGCCCCUCGGGUCACGUGGUCAAAAAGUUCAAACAAAUGAACAACAACAAUUAUGUUAAUGACGCAGUAGUUAGCUCUAGUUUGCCGUUAUCGAAGCAGCAAAAGAACAACACUACUAUUAAGUCUAGCACAAAUUUAUUGGAAGAAGAGGACGACGACACGUUCUUCAUUUCGAUCGAUUUGGCGGCAAUUGAAAAACAAGAGGUGUCAUCCAAUUUGACUAAAUCCAGUUAUGAUAUUGCCGCUAACAACAACAGUAAAGCAAAACCUACUUCAGCCGUCCACCAAAAUGUUUCUCCUGUAAAUCGACCUUCAAAUAAUAUGUUUGCCACACAAAAAGAGAAUAACAACAACUCUGUGUUAUCAAAACAGAAAAACAAUAGAAUGUCUAAUUCCGGGUCUCACAGCCUGUGGCGAAGGUCAUCGUCGUCGUCAUCGAUCUGUGUUCAGCCUUCCGUAAACUCAAACGCAGUCCAACAAGAGUUAACACGCUCAUUUGCUUCUCAAAGUAAUACCGUAACCAACAAACCGAAUCAAGUUUGCACAGCAGCGGAAAUACAAGAGAAACAAGAACGGGCGCGUCGAAAGUUACUCUUGAAAUUCAAAGAGAGAAACAAGAGUAUGACGAAAACCGCCUUCUGAGUCCGAGUGUUUUCGUAUCGUAGUAACGUGCCAGCGUACUUUGUGAAUAUGUGUCGUGGCCCCGUAUCUUAUCUGUAAUGUUUUUUAUACGAUUUAAAAUUUAUUCUCCAUUCAAGUAUUUUCAUUUUUUAUUUCAAUUUUAUUCAGUAAACACGUCACAUUAACGCAUUGCGAUGUGUAUAUGUGUUACGUGUAUUUGUGUUUAAAAUAUUUGAAUUUACGUGUUUUUUAUUUAUAUUAUACGCAUAAAUAUUGUUAAGUAUAAUUAUAAUAUAUUAGAAAAUAGAUAACCAAUGAUAAAUAAUCAAAUUUAAUGUAAGUAUUUUUUUUUAUUUAAUCGACUCAAUGUAAAUGUCCCCAUUUGCUAUUGUUUGUAACGUCUUUGUCUAAAAAGUACCCAAUCGACCAUGUUGUACAACUCCGUUACUUGCUUUUUCGAUCGAAACUCGGACCUACUCUUUUUGUUGGUACCCAAUUUAUAAUGUAUCCCGUUUUAUAGUUGUAGUGUAUUAGUAUAGUUUGUUGAAUGUAUUAUGUGUAAAUACCUACAUUCUCCCUUUAUUAUUAAUAUUUUUUCUAUCUGAUUUUGACCAACUAGCUAGGGAGAUUGUAGGUGGUUUUUUUUUUUGGUCUCGUUAAGUAAAUGUAAUAAUUGAAUAAUUUUUUAUGUAGAAUUGUUUCCAAUGUUUUGUCAUAAUAAACGACACGUGACUCACCGAAGGAAUUUUGCCGAUUCGGUCUGAUAAUCAUACGGAAAUUAAUAUAUUACCGAUUCAGAGUGUAUAAUGAUUCUUCGUUUUAUCAAAUUAAUUAUACUAAUUAUUAUUUAAAUUAAAUUCUAUUAAGCUUGUGUAUAUUUAAAAAAAUAAUAAUAUUUUUUUAACAUACUAUAUUGUGAACAUUUAUUGCGGAAAAUAAUAUUAUCUUAAGAAUGAUUAUUUUUGUUUAAAAAAAACUACUGUAACAAUUCACUUUGCGUCAUGUGUUGAAAACUAUUUA